AUGGCUGAUGAAUUGUCAAAUGUGAAUGGUGGUUCUUCCACCAAUGAUAGUAUACCGCCUCCAUUAACCGUUGGUUGGCCCCCUUAUGGCCUUCCUGCUGGUUAUACCCCAUCGGUGGGUGGGUUUGUCUCACCUAUCGGAUUUGGGAAUGCAAAUGGAGUAAAUGUUAUGCAAAACCCACAACAACACUCUGAGUAUUCUCGUGAGUAUCAUGUGGGCUCCACUUCGAGUUAUCAUGACUUGGUUAAUUUAUUGACCCAGCAAAUGACUACAAUUCUAAAUCCUAUGAUGGCUGAUCAUGAAUCGAGAUUUGAGCAUCUUGAUAGACAAGUCGAGAGGAUUGCUCGAAUUGUCGAUUAUGAUGAAGGCGAAAGGCAUAAUGCUCGAGGAACUAAUGAGGGGAUGGAAAAUAUUUUUCAAAAUGGAAAUCAUGUUUUAAAUCAAGAAAAUUGUAUUUUUCAAAAUGAAAAUCAUGUUUUAAAUCAAGAAAAUCCUUUUAUAGUUCGUCGACAUGAGAAUGCUGAUAAUGUUUUACAUGGAUUGCGUGGUGAUCGUUAUCAGAUCACCCGAAUCAUAGAGGAAGUAUUAAAUCGGGUCGGAUUGAAUGUUGGCUUUAUGAAUCAGCCACAUUUUAUAUCGGCUUUUUCCCAAGUAGUUCAAAUGGCUGAGGUGCCAAGAGGGGUGAAAAAUCCGAAAAUAACUACAAAAUUUGCUGGAGAAGUUGGAGAAUCGACAACUGAACACGUUGCUCAUUAUUUGGUCGAGAUUGGAAAUUUGGCAAAUGAUGAAAAUUUGAAAAUGAAAUUUUUUCCAUCGUCUUUGACGAAGAAUGCAUUUACAUGGUUUUCGAAUCUUAGACCAAAUUCAAUUACAACAUGGAAUCAGUUGGAAACUGCUUUUCACGCUCAGUUUUACCGAGGGGAAAUGAACAUAGCAGUUAUGAUUUGGUAG